CUCACAAAUAUUUUCGCCGCCCUGUAAACAACACAACACCUAUCGAAUUUUUUCUGAAUUCAGAAUUAUCUUUUUGAACUGUGCGCGUCGUCGAACAAUAGAAACAUUUUGAACAAAUAAAAAAGUAUAUAAACAGAGCAGUUGAUAAAUUUCACGAAAUAUUAAUAUUCGGGCGGCCAUUCGCGCAACAAGCAGAGUCAAAGUCCUUCAAGUUUGCCAACAAGUUGCAUCCAUUUUCAAGUGUCCUUUUCGAUUUUUGCGUCGAAAUACUUCUUCUAAGGCGUGUGCCGGCGCUGCUUUUUCAUACCGGAGGACACUGAGAUAUCCAAAGAAGCCGAACGGAAGAGAGGUGUGUGUGUGUGUGUGUUCGUACGGGAGUUGUGUGUGUGCACGAUUUAAAAAUAAAACAGCAAAUACAUAACAACAAAAAAUAUCGAAAGCAACAGCGCCGCCAAAUACCCAUACAAUCAAAGGCCGCGACCUGUACGUGUUUACACAUUCUAGACUGUCUGGCUGUUCUUUUGUUGGUGUGCACCAAAAGUUUCCUUAACAAUUCUAAAUCAAUCGAAACCAAAAACCAAAUCAAAAAACAGAGCGCAGAUAUCGUUUGCAUGUAACGAUUGCAUUUUAUGGACGACUCAGACUCAUUUGCUUGUUGGAAGUCUGCCGGACGUUGGGAGCGAAACUGAAAACUGAAAAAAUAUAUCCAAAAAUAUCCAUAUUCAGCUGUGUGCCAGCUUAACAGAACAAAAACAAAAAAGCAUCCACACUCUCAUCCCACAAAUCGAAUCAAAUAAAAGAAAAUCACAUCAUCAAUAGAGAGCGAAAGGGAGAGAGAGAGAAAGGGAGCAUCGGGUAGGAGCAUGAGCCUGUGGAAGCGCAUCUCCAGCCAUGCUGACUGCGAGGCUCGUAUGGCAGCCUACUACGAUGAGAAGGGUCUCUUUGACCUGCGUCUCUGCCUGGCGGCCUGGAUCGAAGACAGAAUAAUGUCCGAACAGAUAACACCAAACUCUGCGGAGCAACUUGAGCGUGUGGCCCUUAAGUUCAACGAGGAUCUGCAACAAAAGCUGCUUUCGACGCGCACGGCCAGCGAUCAGGCACUCAAGUACCGUGUGGUGGAGCUUUGCACUCAAAUCCAGCGAACCUCUGCCCUCGAGCUGUACACGCAUUUGCGCGGCGGAUUGCAAAAGGAGCUGCAACUAGCAACGGAACAGAGUGUGGCCACACCGGGUCCAUCGAUGCCCCUCAGUCCCUACAACAUGAACAAUCCAGGCUAUAUGGAUCAAAGCGAACUGAUUUCCGCUCAGCCAGCGGUUGGCGGCGGUUUGGCUGUCAUUCACAAUGCGGUGGUGGGCGCUAAUGGCGGUGGGAAUGUGACGACCCUGGGCAUGGCCACUGCCAAGAUGGAGCUGUUCGAAAUCGAGCAUCAUAUAAUGCAGUGCUUUAACGAGUUUAGCAACUGCGGCAACUCCCUGAAGAUGCUGGUCCAGAACUACAGCUACGUGCUGAACUCCUCGGGUUCGACCAACGCCGAGGAGGCGUUCAAGUGCCUGAUGGCUGAGAAGGCGGCCAUUGUGACGACCUUGUGCCGCAGCUAUUUAUCCUACGAGCCGAUGCAGGAGCAGAUCAUCAGCGAGCUGAAUAACUGGCGUCGUCAGCAGGCCCUGGCCGGCAAUGGGGCACCCUUCAAUGAAGGUGCUUUGGACCAGAUUCAGCGUUGCUUCGAGCUGCUUGAAUCCUUUAUUGGCCACCUGCUGGCGGCCGUCAAGGAGACCCUACGUGUGCGUCUCGUCAAUGAGGAGCCAGAACUGAACAACCUGCUCGAGCGGGUGAGAACUUCACAGAAGAAUUUGGUCUGUGCCGCCUUCAUUGUGGACAAACAGCCGCCUCAGGUUAUGAAGACCAAUACCCGCUUUGCGGCCUCCGUGCGCUGGCUGAUUGGCUCCCAAUUGGGUAUACACAAUAAUCCGCCCACUAUUGAGUGCAUCAUUAUGUCCGAGAUUCAGGCCAAUCGUUUCGUUACCCGCGGCACCCAAAUGGACAGCACCCUGGCCGGGCAAUCCUCAGGAGAAAUACAGAACUGCUCCAGCACCAUGGAAUACCAACAAAAUAACCACGUCUUCUCGGCCAGCUUCAGGAAUAUGCAGCUAAAGAAGAUCAAGCGGGCCGAAAAGAAGGGCACCGAGAGCGUCAUGGACGAGAAGUUUGCCCUGUUCUUCUAUGCGACGACCACAGUCAACGAUUACCAGAUACGUGUGUGGACCCUGUCGUUGCCGGUGGUGGUGAUUGUCCAUGGCAACCAGGAGCCACAGUCAUGGGCCACCAUUACCUGGGACAAUGCUUUUGCGGAUAUUGUACGGGAACCGUUUAUGAUCACCGAUCGGGUGACCUGGGCCAUGCUCUCGGUGGCGCUUAAUACCAAAUUUGGGUCGAGCACACAGCGGGCCCUCACCAGGGAUAACCUGGACUUUCUCUAUGAGAAGCUGCAGCGCGGUGAGCGCAGUGAAUAUAUUACGUGGAAUCAGUUCUGCAAGGAGCCGCUACGUAGCGACCGCCAGUUCACCUUCUGGGAAUGGUUCUUUGCCAUCAUGAAACUCACCAAAGACCAUCUGAUGGGCAUGUGGAAGGCCGGCUGCAUUAUGGGCUUCAUCAACAAGGCCAAGGCGCAAGAUGAUCUGAUGCGUUCGGCCACCGGAAUUGGUACCUUUCUGUUGCGCUUCUCUGACAGUGAACUGGGUGGCGUAACUAUUGCGUAUGUGAAUGAAUACGGAUCGGUUACCAUGCUCUCGCCAUGGACUGCACGUGAUUUUCAGAUCCUGAAUCUGGCCGAACGCAUACGCGAUUUGAAUAUGCUGCGCUUUCUGUAUCCGAGCGAUACCAAUGCAGUGCCCCAAGAGCGUGAUCAAGCCUUUGGCGAGUUCUACACGAGCUCUACCGGUACGAAUGAACCCACGCCGGGAUAUGUGAAAAGCACGUUACACGUACAGGUACGCAAUGCGAUUGAGGGUAAUGGUUCCAUCAUUGGGACCCCACAGCAUCCCAUACCGUCACCACCGCAGGAUAGCAGCAUGUCCAUGGGAAACUAUGAGGACUCUGAUUCGAAUGAUAGCACUAUGGCGGAUGCCAUAGAAAGAUAUGUGGCGGGCACAUCACCCGAUGAUCCCAUAUUCCAUGAGAUCAGGGCCACCAUUAUAAGUGCGUGCAAUGAUGUAGAUUCGGUUGGCUGCGAGUUCCAGCGACUUUGCUAUGGCGGAUUUUGAUUCAAUGACGAACUUUGUCGAUGUGUAUAAACUAUAAAAAAAAAUAUAUAUAUAUAUAAAAAUAUAUAUAGAACCUAUGUAUAAACAAAAGAUCUUAUAAACAAAUGAAAGUGUGCCGUGUGGAUGCCCCCGCCCCGACCUAGAUGAUAUAUAUAUGCCCCUUCUCCCUACCAGCAGCGAAUGGCAGCCAUCGUGGAACUGCUUUUUAAAAAAGUUUGAAUCGUAAAGUUUUUACCUAAAAUGUUAUUGUAAGAGUUUUGGAAUGCAUCGUUGUGGCAUGUUUAGUUUUGCAUUUGUGAAACGAUAAACAACUGUACCCAAGAGCAAUCAAUGCAUGCAAAUUGCCCCCACACCACCAAACACACAACACCCUGCAGAUAAAUUGUAUCUAUUACGAUCAUAAUUAUGUGUAAUCUAAUCGAAAGUGUAAACUUUUGGGUUUCGCAUGUUAUUUGUUUUUUAUACACUACAUGCAUAUAUAUAUUUUUUUUAUACAGACGAUACGAUGCGAUAUAUGUUUAUUUUUUUCUAUACUGUGUGACAAAGCAUUAAUUUUACGACGAAUCGUGAUGAGAGAAUCGAUUUAGUUAGUGAGUAACUAUUUGUUGAAUCUAAAUUUUUGAUUUUGAUUUUGUAAUUUUAAAGGAUUUAUUUUUAAACCAACUAUCAAAUCUUAGCAACUAAACUACUUUCGAGUUAAGGUCUAAGCUAAACGAAGUGAAGCAGCAAGGCAAGAAAAUUGUAUCUGCGUUUUAGUUUUAAUUAUUAUUUACAUAUUAUUGUGAAAUGCUUUAUGUGAGAGAAACCACCCCAUCCCUACUACCCCUUUAUUGGCUUCCAAUGCUGAAAAUGCGCAAAAAAUCUAACCGAACCGAUGUAUAUUUUUUAAAUUGUUUAAUUUUGAGUUUGAGUUUUGCGAGUCCAGGGCACAGUUUGCAAUGCAUUUCAAAUGCAACAAAUGCGAUUGCCUUUAGUCAGUUUAAUGGGUGUAUGAUAUAUAUAUAUACAUAUAUAUGAGAAAGUAAACAGAACGUAAUAAUAUUUUUUCUACACAACAACAUACAACACUACACUACACACUACACUAUUCUACACUAAGCUUUGUACCAUGAACCGUAAAAAUUUUAUAAGACUUAAGUACAGGCCCACAAAAAUAAAAACAAAAAAAAAUUCAAUAAAUAUUUUCAAACAUUUUACAUGCCAAGAGUCAGGCGAUUUUGUAUUUGAUCUUGUAAAAAAAAAUGAAUUUCGAGCAAAACGAAAUGUUUAUCUGUGUGUACGUAAAGUUUUUAAUGUUUAAUUGUAAAACUAACGCACACAAGCACACACCACACUACACACACACACACACACACACAUUCCCCAAAAAGAAACACAGAUACAACCGAGCGCACUCUUAUAUGUAAAUGUAUGUAUGUAUGUACUACUUCUACUAUGUUACGUGCAAUGUAUGUGCAAUGCUCGUUUAGAAACAAACGUUGAUAUUGGGAAAUGAGUUGAAUGUAUUUAAAUGUUGACAUUGUGUUUUAAAUGUAAUUUCAAAAGCGCUAAUUGUGUGUCUAGUUUGGAAAUAUAUAUUUGUGGGAAACAACUAAAGAACUAUUCUUGUCAAAAUGGCCAAUAAAGAUUUGAUUUUUCAAACUAAAAA